AUAAAAACCUAAACCUCACUGCAAUUUUCCAAAUCAAAUUUGCCUUUUCCUAUCUAUUUUAUUUUUCAACAACGAGCGAGAGAGAAUUUUUCUUCGGAUUUGUUUUGCGUUGUCUCUCACGUUCUAUUGAUUUCACGACAGCAUGGAGCGCAAGACAAUUGAUCUGGAUCAAGGAUGGAAUUUUAUGCUGACGGGAAUUAAUAAGCUGAAGAGGAUUCUGGAAGGAGGAGAAGAGCAGUUCAGCUCAGAAGAAUACAUGAUGCUAUACACGACCAUAUACAAUAUGUGCACCCAGAAGCCCCCUAAUGAUUAUUCUCAGCAGCUUUAUGAGAAGUAUCGAGAGGCUUUUGAAGGAUAUAUCCAGGCAACGGUAUUGCCUUCUAUAAGAGAGAAGCAUGACGAGUUUAUGCUUAUGGAGGUUGUGAAGAGGUGGACUAACCAUAAAAUUAUGGUUAGGUGGUUGUCACGUUUCUUUCACUAUCUGGAUCGCUACUUUAUCGCUCGGAGGUCACUUCCUCCACUUCAUGACGUUGGGCUACUUUGCUUCCGUGACCUGGUUUAUCAGGAAGUGUUUGGUAAAGCUAGAGAUGCUAUGGUGGUUCUGAUUGAUAAAGAACGCGAGGGAGAGCAGAUUGAUAGGGCAUUAUUGAAGAAUGUUUUAGGUAUAUUUGUUGAGAUUGGAAUGGGUCAAAUGGACCACUAUGAACAAGAUUUUGAACAAGUCAUGCUUGAAGAUACUGGUUCUUACUAUUCUCGUAAAGCAUCAACCUGGAUAGUAGAAGAUUCUUGUCCAGACUAUAUGUUGAAGGCUGAGGAAUGCCUGAAGAAGGAGAGGGAUAGAGUUUCUCAUUAUCUGCAUUCAAGCAGUGAGUCAAAGCUAGUGGAGAAAGUUCAACAUGAAUUAUUGGUGGUUUAUGCCAAUCAACUGCUUGAAAAGGAACAUUCUGGGUGUCGUGCGUUGCUUAGUGAUGAUAAGGUUGAAGAUCUUUCAAGGAUGUACAGGCUUUACCAUAAAAUAACCAAAGGGUUGGAGCCUGUGGCAACUGUUUUCAAGCAGCAUAUCACUGCUGACGGUACAGUACUGGUCCAGCAAGCUGAGGAGGCUGCAAGUAAUCAGACUGCAAAUGGUGGCCUACAGGAACAGGUUCUUAUCAGAAAGAUUAUUGAGCUUCAUGACAAGUAUAUGACAUAUGUGAACGAUUGUUUCCAAAAUCACACGCUGUUCCAUAAGGCAAUGAAAGAGGCUUUCGAGAUAUUUUGUAAUAAAACAGUCGCCGGCAGUUCAAGUGCAGAACUACUUGCAACGUUCUGUGAUAAUAUCCUUAAGAAGGGUGGAAGUGAGAAACUGAGCGAUGAGGCCAUAGAAGAAACACUGGAGAAGGUAGUGAAGUUGCUGGCAUAUAUUAGUGACAAGGACCUUUUUGCUGAAUUUUACAGGAAGAAGCUAGCUCGUCGUCUUCUUUUUGACCGAAGUGCUAAUGAUGAUCAUGAAAGGAGUAUACUGACAAAAUUAAAGCAACAGUGUGGUGGACAGUUCACUUCAAAAAUGGAAGGAAUGGUCACUGAUUUGACAUUGGCAAGGGAAAACCAGACAAGCUUUGAGCAAUAUCUCAGUGAUAAUUCGAAUGCAAAUCCUGGGAUUGAUUUGUCGGUCACUGUUCUUACAACUGGAUUCUGGCCAAGUUAUAAAUCCUCUGAUCUAAACCUUCCUGCAGAGAUGGUUAGGGGUGUUGAAGUUUUCAAGGAGUUCUAUGACCAAAAGAGCAAGCACCGAAAGCUUACAUGGAUAUACUCAUUGGGGUCUUGUCACCUGACUGGCAAGUUUGAUCCAAAACCUAUUGAGUUGAUUGUAUCAACUUACCAGGCUGCUCUUCUUCUGCUUUUUAACACUUCAGACAGACUCAGUUAUUCUGAGAUUAUGGCUCAGUUAAAUUUGACACACGAUGAUGUGGUUAGAUUGCUUCAUUCUUUGUCUUGUGCCAAAUAUAAGAUCCUUAUUAAGGAGCCAAAUACAAAGAGUGUUACGCCGACCGACAGCUUCGAAUUUAACCACAAAUUCACCGACAGAAUGAGGAGAAUCAAGAUUCCUCUCCCCGUGGUCGAUGAAAGAAAGAAAGUCGUUGAAGAUGUUGAUAAAGAUAGGAGAUAUGCAAUUGAUGCUGCCAUUGUUCGCAUAAUGAAGAGUAGGAAAGUUUUGGGCCAUCAACAAUUAGUCUCAGAGUGUGUUGAGCAGUUGAGUCGCAUGUUCAAGCCGGAUAUCAAGGCGAUUAAGAAGCGAAUGGAAGAUUUGAUCACUCGAGACUACUUGGAGAGGGACAAAGAGAAUCCUAAUGUGUUUCGGUACUUGGCUUGAUUUUCAAGCGCUCUGGAGUUACAAAGUAGCAGUACAGUUCCGAGCCUUCUUAUGUUGAAAUGAAAUGUUUUUGCUCUAAUUAGAAGACAGUAUAGUACAUUGAUUACCCAAUUUGCGGUUUGCUGUGUAAAUAAUGUAGCUGCAGUGCCUUGAUUAGUAAUACUAAAAGUCUAUAUCAUAAUUUUUUUUGACUGUAUUGAGGAUAUUAAUCAUCCUCACCAACUACUUUGGGGAAAAACUAACAGGAAUUUUUUAUUUUCUAAUGGGUUAUAAAAACUCUCGAUUUAUUUUUUUA